AGUCCGGAGGGGUGGGCGCGACACCGUAUAUAUAAUCGCGUGCCUGCUCUUCCUCCCGCGUCACUCCCCGGUCCCUGCGAGCCGCUCAGUCUAUAGGUGUUUAUAGUCAAAUCAGUGCUGUAGAACCAUGGCGUGGGAUGGCUAUAUAACCAACCUGAUGGCAGGAACCCCUCCCUUCGUGGAAGAGGCAGCGAUCUGUGGGUCUGAGGCGGGGAAGGAGUCGGUCUGGGCAGCAACACCUGGAGGUCAGCUGGCUGGUGUGACGGCUGCAGAGAUCAAGGCGAUGAUGUCAUUGGAUCGUUCUCCUCUCUUCGCCAGUGGUCUUCAUCUCAGUGGGAACAAGUGUACUGUCCUGAGAGAUAAUCUCCACACUGAGGGGGACAACACUUUAGAUGUUAAGAUGAGACCCACUGCUACUGAUACCAACUCCUACAGCCUCACCAUCGCUAAGAGUGGCCAGAGUACGAACCCCCCCCUCACUCACUCUUCUGUACAUCAUCUGAUGUUGUCCUGUAUUGGAUUAUACUGUUUAUUAGCUCUGAUCAUUGUUAAAGGGAUGAAGGACAUUCCAGGUGGAAAGAUCAACAUAAAGGCCUCCGACAUGAUGCAGUACCUGAGGAAGAGUGGCUUCUAACGCUUGACCCCUGACCCCGACACCCCCCUUAGAUGCUGAUCUUGGUUCAGUUUAGCAUUCCCCCACUAAUGGUUAGGAUUGGGGGAAGCUCGUCUGUGCCUCGUGGAAACGUUACCCAGCAGCCUCAGUGCCUUGUUGUUUUUGAUGAUGAUGAUAUGCAAAUGAUCAAACAUGUGAAAUUAUCAGUGGCAAAUGAAAUAAACAGAUUUAUUCUAAGAAAAUA